AUGCGUACGGUACCCAGGACGAUAAAACACCCUGACUGGGCCGUGACCGGUAUCCCCAAGGCCGAACAACGCUUGAGCAGGACGAAGAUCGACAUCCUAGACGCCAAGGGACAGGAUGCGAUGCGCAAAGUGUGUAGGCUCGCCCGAGAAGUACUGGAUAUUACUGCUGCCGAGAUCAAGCCGGGUGUUACUACAGAUUAUCUGGACGAGCUGUGCCACAAAGCUUGUGUAGAGCGCGAGUCGUAUCCUUCGCCCUUGAACUACAACCACUUCCCGAAAUCGCUGUGUACUUCCGUCAACGAAGUGGUUUGCCACGGGAUACCCGACCAGCGCAUCCUUCUCGACGGGGACAUUAUCAAUCUCGAUAUCUCGUUGUACCACGGAGGCUAUCACGCCGAUGUCAACGAGACAUAUUACGUGGGUGAUCGAGCCAAGGCAGACCCCGACUCAGUGAAGGUAAUCGAAACAACACGCGAGUGCUUGGACAAGGCGAUUGAGAUCGUAAAGCCCGGGACUCCUAUCCGAGAAUUUGGCCGCGUUAUUGAGAAGCACGCGAAGUCCAGAAACCUCAAGGUCGUCGCAACAUGGGGUGGCCAUGGCAUCAAUACCGAGUUCCACCCUCCACCAUGGAUACCUCAUUACAGCAAGAACAAAGCUGUGGGAGUAUGUAAGGCCGGUAUGACCUUCACCAUUGAGCCUAUCCUUGCGCUGGGAAGCUCUCGGGAGAUAUAUUGGCCGGAUGAUUGGACGAAUGUAACUGGCGAUGGCAAACGGACUGCUCAAUUUGAACACACCUUGCUUGUCACGGAAACCGGGGUCGAGGUUCUAACUGCGCGAAAUGAGAACUCACCCGGAGGGCCUGUAGUGUUGUCGACUUCGACCACGGAUGGGACAGCAGAAGCUGCCUGA